GUCUAAUGUCAAGAUUGUAAUUCUUUCUGUAGUAAACCUUUCAGCUUUACUAUUUCUGUUUGUAGACAAAACUGCAUUAAAUCCAAAUCCAGAGGAAAUAUCUUAAUCAAAAUGUGGAAGAAAUCAAAAGUAUCUGAUCAGACCGCAACUGGGCAAGUGGGCAUCAAAAAGAAAUCCAAAGUUCCGGGAGUCAUGAUCACACAGUUCAUAGAAGAACUUCCUGAGGGAAAGAGCCAUCCAGAUUUUAUCCGCAAACCUAUUGCUCUCACCAUUCAAGAAGGUAAAUUGGCUAUUUUCAAGGCCAUUGUAGUAGGUGAUCCCACUCCUACUGUAACAUGGGCAAGAAACAAUGGUGAUAUUUCAGAUCCAAAAAAAUAUCAAACCAAAUUUGACCCAAAUUCUCGUGAACACACUAUUGAGAUGCCAAACGUUUCUCCAGAACAAGCAGACACCUAUAAAUGUUUUGCUACUAACGAAUUUGGAAAGGCUACGGUCACUGUUAUCCUGAACGUCAUUGAAGUGGGUUUCAAGAAAAACAAAGCAAACCAGGAGUCCAUUGCAACUGAUCCGAAAGAGCUCAAGGCUGUCCUGAAAAGGAAAAGUAAGGUUCGUCCGAAAACCGAAGUAAGGAAAGAUGGUGAAAUUGACCCAAAGUUCUGGGAGAUUUUGCUGAGCUCCGAUAAGAAAGAUUAUGAGCGCAUCUGUGCAGAAUAUGGGGUGACUGACUUCCGCUGGAUGUUGAAGAAACUGAAUGAGAUGAAAAAGGAGAGAGAACAAGAGCAAGCAGAGUUCAUCAAAAGCAUUUCCACCCUCAAACACAUUGAUGUGAAUCCUGAUGGAACUGCUUCUUUUGAACUUGAUCUUAACCUUCUAGACCCCAGCAGUAAGAUUUUCAUCUACAAGGAUGGUGAGAUGAUUCCAUAUUCUCAAGAUAUUGAUAUAGAAAUGAAACACAACCUGAAUCAAGUAGGAAAGAAAUACAUCUUCACAAUUAGGGACCUUGUCCCAGAUGAUGCUGGCCUUUACCAGUUGGACAUAGAGGACGUCAAUGUGUUCUCCACUGAAUUUAAGAUUCCAUUGGUGGACUUUCUGGUAAAGUUGAAGGAUGUGAAAGCCAUGGAGAGGGAGGAUGCUAUUUUUGAGUGUGUCCUCUCCAAACCUAUAUCUAAAAUCAUGUGGGUUGGAAAGAGCAAUCGAUUAAAACAGGGAGAGAAAUAUGACAUCACUGUGUCCGAAGACAAAUUGAUCCACAGGCUGGUGGUGAAGGACUGUAUGCAGGUGGAUAAAGGCAUCUAUGCGGCUGUGGUUGGAAUCAAAUCUUGUAACGCCUGGCUGAUAGUGGAAGCCGAUAACAAUCUGGAUUCUAAGGGCAAAAAGAAACCCCGAAAAACAACCCAAGCCGGAGGGGCAGGAGCUGACUUGGCAAAGAUCGCUGCAGAGCAGCAGGUCAAGCUACAGAAGGAAAGAAAUGAGAGAAUUACGGCUGUCAAAACAGCCAGUGCUGAGAAAGAGGCAGCAGGUGCGGUGGACAGCGGUGCUUCUGCAUCAUCUUCUGCAGAUAGUUCUAGUGCUGAGAAAGAGGUAGCAGAUGUGGUGGACAGCGGAGCUUCUGCAUCUUCUACUGGAGAUAGUUCUAGUGCUAAGAAAGAGGCAGCAGGUGUGGUGGACAGUGGUGCUUCUGCAUCUUCUUCGACAGAUAGUUAUAGUGCUGAGAAAGAGGUCAGGAGAAAUGACUCUGUCGACACUGGGCUGGUGAGGAGUGUACCAGACACUAGUGGAAAGGACAAAGGAGAAGGUAGGAGAACCACACAAGUAAUUUCAAUAAGGGAAAUUUUGUCUUCUGCCACAAAAACACCACAAUUUGGAGGUGUGACUACAGGUUCUGAUGAAGGCCUGCUGUCUGGAGACUCAAACGAUGAUAGAACUCACUUCACCAAUGGAGAGUCAAAUGUACCUAUUGUCAGAGGCGAACCAGCAGAACUUGCUGGUAACCUGAGCACCAGCAAAGCAAACAGGGAUGGGGAGAAGUUGUACUCUAAAGUUGGAGAUAAACAAGAGUUAGUAAUACAAAGCUUCAAAGAUUCAUCCUCAGGACAGAAUCGGGCUGAAGUGAUUGAGUGCAAGACUGACGCAAUGGAAACUGCUGGAGAUCUUCCUAAAUUUGACCCUGAUGACCUGCACAAGUUCUCCAAAAACGUGGUGGUUAAAGUGGGCCAAACUGCUUCCUUUAAAAUGCCAUUCCCACCUCAAGACUCAUCAGAGAUCAACUGGUUUAAGGAUGGCACAGAGCUUUUUGAUGGAGGCAGAAUAAAAGUAGUAAAGGAACUAAACCAGAGCCGCCUUCAGAUAAAAGAAUGCCUGCGAUCUGACUCUGGGGAAAUUAAGAUCCAGCUUAAAAACCCUUUUGGUACCGUAGAGGCCUUCUCUAGGCUUAUUGUGGUCGACAAACCAGGUCCACCACAAGGGCCAGUAGAAGUGAUUGACAGCUCAUCUUCUGUCAUUGAAAUUAAAUGGAAUCCACCAAGUGACACCGGUGGCUCUGAAGUGACAAACUACCUUGUUGAGCGUCAGCAGGUAGGGCAGAGUGUGUGGAAGAAGGUGUGGGAUAGUUCAGCCGACCGCCUGUCCUUUCGAGACAGAAAUGUGUCCCAUGGCAAGAAAUACAUAUACCGAAUCUACGCCGGGAACUCUGAGGGUACCAGUGAUCCUCUGGAGACGGAAAGCAUCAUGACUGAAACUCUGAUUUUCCCUGGUCAACCUGCCCCUCCUGAGGUGGUCGGCAUGUUCAAAAACUGUAUCAACCUAACAUGGGCUCCACCAGAGAAAGAUGGAGGAACCAAAAUACUGGGCUACCAGCUGGAGAAACGCAAGAAAGAUACAAACCAGUGGGUGACUCUGAACCAAGUUAAUGACCCUAUUCAAGCUCUGAAGUAUGCAGUGAAGGAUGUCUCUGAGGGGUCAGAGUACGAGUUCAGAGUAUCAGCCAUUAAUAUGUCUGGGGCUGGAGAACCCAGCGCUCCCUCUGUGAUGGUCUGCGCUAAAAACCCCAACACCAGGCCCCGCUUCAAAGAUCCUAUAGACUUCAUGGUUGUGAGAGCAGGAAAUUCUAUCAGAAUCAAAGUCGAUUAUGAGGGCUCUCCACAACCAGAUAUCACAUGGCUGAAAAAUGAUGAAUCUGUGUCCCCCUGGGUCAACAUCAUCAAUGUUGAGGACGCAUCCACACUCGUCAUCCCCUCAUCAAAGUAUUCAGACUCGGGUGUUUAUACCAUCAUGGCAAAGAACUCUAGUGGACAGUCCAGCUUUGACAUAGAAGUCAGAGUGGCAGAUGAACCAAAGCCUCCAGGUCCAGUGGAGCUAGAGCAGGUUGUUUAUGGCAAAGUCAUUAUCACAUGGGCUCCAUCUCCAGAGCAGGAGAAAGACGAUCGGCUGCAUUACUUGGUGGAAGAACGCGAUUCCAACACACGUGUUUGGCGCACAAUAGCCAACCGUCUGUUUUGCAACACUUACACUGCCUCUGUCCACUCCGGUCGUGAAUAUCACUUCAGAGUCUAUGCAAAAAAUGAUAUGGGAUUUUCUGAUCCAUCUAAAUCGCCAACGUGGGGGAUUAACGAGCUGAGAGUGCCACUAGUCACAAGCUUACCGGCUACGAUAACUCUUGAGAGGCCUCCUUCCAUCUUGGUUCCACUUAAAGUCCACAGCCCACCACAGGGAUAUCAGCUGUACAUGACCUGUGCUGUCCGUGGCUUCCCCACACCACAUGUCACAUGGUACCUCAAUGGCAACUGCAUCAACACCAACAACACCUACUACAUCACAAAUACAUAUGGCGUCUGCUCUAUGUACAUCAUCCGAGUUGGGCCAGAACAUAGUGGCGAGUACAGAGUGGUGGCGGUCAAUUCAUUCGGCAGAGCAGAAUGUUCCACCAAACUAAGAGUGAAAGAUUGAAAUUCAGAGUGCUGACAACUAGCUAGCUUGUGUACUGCAAACCAAUAGUGAAUUAUUUUAUGUAAAGAUGCUUUGAAUAAGCAAUAUGCAUUGUGAAAAGCAAUACAGUAUCAGCCUGGAAGAUAUAUAGAUCUAUCAAUCUUUGUAAUAUUUUAUUAGAUAAAAUCAGAAUAUAUUUAUUAACAGUAUAUUAGCGCUGUGACAGCUAUAAGACUCAAAUGUGAACUGUGUUUAAUGAAAUGCAAAUAAAACAC